AUAAUAUUCCCAAAUUUGAUCCACCUGUCGCUUUGUCUCUCGCCUUUUUCCCCUUUACGUCAAUCUUGAAAUUUCCAUUAACAAGAUAAACUAAGAACAGAAGAAAGAAAAGGAGAAUAACCCUUUUUCAGAUUUCCAGUUUCUUCAUCAGGGUCGAUUGCAAAUUUUGUGUCUCUUUUGGGUUUUUUUUUUAUUUUUUAUGUUGAGGUGUUUGUUUGAGAAUUUGAGAUAAUUUCAAAAGGAAAGCCAUGACGAAAUUGAUGAGCAAAGGUUUUAUGUUUCCUUCGUCUUCUGAUUGUGGUGAAAUUUAUCAUCAUCGUCGUCUUAAUCUACCUGGGAUCUGUUCUUUUCCCAAUAAAUCGGUCAAUCUUUCUUGUCUUCCUUCGUUGAACCUUUCAUCUUCUUGUUUGCCAAGAACCGAUUUUUAUGGUCGUAGAUUGGUUAUAAAUGAAGGCGUAUCCAAGUUCAACCGAAGAAAUUCCCAAGUUGUUGAUAUCACUGCUCAGAUGAGUAUUGGAAUCAGGAAAGCACAGAAAUGGUGGGAGAAAGGGGUUCAACCUAACAUGAAAGAGGUGAACAGUGCACAAGAACUUGUUGACUCUCUUUUGAGUGCAGGGGACAAAUUAGUUGUUGUUGAUUUCUUUUCCCCUGGCUGUGGAGGUUGUAAAGCUCUUCACCCCAAGUUGUGUCAGCUGGCAGAGAUGAAUCCAGAUGUGCAUUUUUUACAGGUGAACUAUGAGGAACACAAGUCGAUGUGUUACUCUCUUAAUGUACAUGUUCUCCCAUUUUUCCGUUUCUAUAGAGGAGCUGAAGGCCGUGUUUGCAGCUUUAGCUGUACCAAUGCCACGAUCAAAAAAUUCAAAGAUGCACUGGCGAAGUAUGGUACAGAUCGUUGCACCCUUGGGCCGCCUAAAGGGCUGGAGGAGAAAGAGCUACUAGCACUGGCAGCUAACAAGGAUCUCUCCUUUAAUUACACUCCAAAAACAGAAGAAGCACCCGUCCUUGUUACCUCACAAAAGGAAGUUCAGGAUACAACUCCUCCAAAUAUAGAGUCCCCUCUACCACUUCCUCUUCCUCUCCCCAUUACGUCAACUAGCUCACAGACUGCCAAACGGGAUACAGAGAAAGAAGCAUAUGCUACUUCUGGUAGAUGAUUUUAAAAUUUGUGGUAAAUGAUGUUGAAGAGGUUAUAUCUGUACAGCUAUAUAUAUUAUGCUUUGUUGUGUUAUAAGACGAUUGCAGUCUGGAGGAACUUAAAUAUUAGUAUAGGGAAAUGUGAAAUAUUUACUGGCUACUGCUGGGUAUAAUCUGGUCUUGUACAUAUUUAAUGUGGAAGCUCUGGUAUAUAUGUGAAGCCUGAGCGAUAGCGAGAGUCCACUCUUCCCUUUUACUUGGCUUCUCCUUUUUUAAUUGGAGUAAGUCGAAAUGGUUCUCUGAUAUUAGUAAGAUGUUUGUACUGGUUUUUGAUCUCUUUGUUAUUGAGUAAUGAUAAUAUGAUUGUCUUUUUUA